AUGGCCGAACCUCCUUCCAAGCGAUCAAAAACAGCUGGCGAUUCUUCUUCCUCCACUCCUCCCGUCGAUAACCCAUACCUUGCUCAUCGAAAUAUGACUGCUUCAUCUUCCACCAACGGGUACGCUACAGGUACCAACGGUACCAGCGGGAAAGUGGACAACCCAUUGAAUGGAUUAGUACCAAGGAAAGUAUCUGUCGCUCAGGCUAAAGCAAUCAUGGAUGGAGAUGUGAACCCUUUCAAAGGUUUAUCACCUUUCUCAGCAUCCUAUCGAAAGAUAUUAGAGCAAAGAAAGGGAUUACCAGUUUAUCAGAAGAUGCAAGAAUUCUUGACUGUAUUUUCAGAAAAUCAAAUUACCGUUAUGGAAGGUCAAACUGGUUCGGGAAAGACCACUCAGAUCCCUCAGUUUGUGUGUUACUCGGAUUUACCAAUGUUGAGAGGAAAGAUGGUAGCUUGUACUCAACCUAGACGAGUCGCUGCCAUGAGUGUAGCUAAGCGUGUGGCUGAUGAGAUGGAUGUCCAACUUGGUAAACAAGUCGGUUACUCUAUUCGAUUUGAAGAUAUGACUGAACCCGGCACAACCUUCCUCAAGUACAUGACAGAUGGUAUGUUAUUGCGAGAAGCAAUGAACGAUCCCUUGUUAGAAAGAUAUUCUACUGUCAUUUUGGAUGAAGCGCAUGAAAGAACUUUGGCGACGGAUAUAUUGAUGGGCUUAUUGAAAGAUAUCGCCAAAAGAAGACCAGAUCUUAAGAUUAUCGUCAUGUCGGCUACGCUUGAUGUUGAGAAAUUCCAGAAGUACUUCGGUGAUGGUCAACCUUCAGGUAUAGCACCUGUUGUUAAAGUUUCCGGACGAACUUUCCCUGUAGAAACCUUCUUCACCCAAGAACCGGAGAACGAUUAUGUCGAAGCGUCCAUCCGGACUGUACUAUUUAUUCAUCAAGCAGAGGACGAAGGAGAUGUACUGUUGUUCUUGACGGGUGAAGAAGAGAUUGAAGAUGCUUGUAGGAAAAUCAGAGCGGAGGGAGAAGAAUUAUCGAAUAAAGGAAUGGCAGGACCAUUAUUGGUCGUACCGUUGUAUUCAUCUUUACCACCCCAUCAACAGCAACGUAUAUUUGAUCCUCCACCUCCUGCGCGUAAAGAUGGUUUACCCGGUCGAAAAGUUGUGGUAUCCACCAACAUCGCUGAAACGUCCUUGACAAUCGAUGGUAUAGUCUAUGUGGUAGAUCCGGGAUUCUGUAAACAGAAAGUAUACAACCCCCGAAUUAGAGUGGAGAGUCUAUUGGUAUCGCCUAUAUCGAAGGCUUCGGCGAUGCAGAGAGCUGGUCGAGCAGGUAGAACAAGACCUGGAAAAUGUUUCAGAUUGUAUACGGAGAAAGAUUUCGUCAAAGAAUUGGAAGAACAGACACAUCCUGAGAUCUUGAGAAGUAAUUUGGCGAAUACGGUGUUGGAAUUGAUCAAGUUGGGUAUAAAGGAUUUGGUACAUUUCGAUUAUAUGGACGCUCCUGCUCCCGAGACUAUCAUGAGAGCUUUAGAGUUGUUACACUACCUCGCUGCGCUCGAUGAUGAUGGUAAUCUAACUCCUCUGGGUCAAAUUAUGGCUGAAUUCCCCUUGGAUCCUCAGCUCGCUAAGAUGCUUAUCGUUAGUCCAGAAUUCGGAUGCAGUAAUGAGAUGCUUUCUCUCACAGCUAUGUUAUCUGUUCCCAACGUAUUCAUGCGACCUGCCUCCCAGCGUAAAGAAGCGGACCUCGCCAAAGCUCAAUUCACCCAUCCUGAUGGUGAUCACCUCACCCUCCUGAACGUGUAUCACGCAUACAAGUCCAACGAGGGAGACGCGAAGAACUGGUGUUGGCAGAAUUACCUCAAUCAGAGAUCAUUGGCCCAAGCUGAUAAUGUCCGAACUCAAUUGAAGAGGGCGAUGGAGAAAUUCGAUUUGGAGCUGUGUUCGACGGCAUGGGAAGAUAAGAAUUACUGGAAUAAUAUCCGACAGGCUCUUACUUGCGGUUUCUUCAUGCAAGUCGCUCAUAAAGAGGGUGAGAAGGGAAGUUAUAUGACGGUUAAAGAUAAUCAGGUCGUCAGAUUACAUUUGUCUUGCGGAUUGGAUACUACACCUGAAUGGGUGAUAUAUAAUGAAUUCGUCUUAACGACUGCCAACUUCAUCCGAACCGUCACAGAAGUAAGACCCGAAUGGUUGUUAGAAUACGCAUCUCAGUAUUUUGACCCCACUUCGUUCCCUGAGAAUAGCGAGACUAGAAGAGCUCUACAGAGGGUGUUGAACAAGAAAACCGGUAAAUACGCAGAUGGAGGAUCUGGAUCAGGGGUAGAUUUGAAGAAGAAAAAGAAGAAGAGGAAGGCUGAGUAG